AUGCUAUUUCUUGGAAGUAUAUUGGUGGCGUCUCUGUUUUCUACCUGCGCUUUUGGUAGAAGCGGGGACAAUUGUUCGCCUGCAACCAAGACGUUCAAGCAGAAAGUCGAUCACAUUGGAGAUUCGAGAGAGGUUUUUCAGCAGCAGUACCAAGUUAUUGACGAAUACUUCCAUCCUGGAGGACCAAUCAUUUUUUACCAAGGUGGCGAGGCGACCGACAUGAUCUGCUUGCAUGACCUGAUUUUACCAACAUGGGCCAAAGAUCUCGGGGCAUUGGCAAUAACCCUUGAGCAUCGCUUCUUUGGAGAUAGCAAACCGAACAACCACGCAAAUCUGACUAAACGCUACGAGACAUUGAACUUGGAAAAUGUGAUGCAAGACUCUGCGCACUUCAUCAAGUGGAUCAAGAGUACCGUCAAUGGUGCAGAAAACAGCACUGUUAUCGCAACUGGGGGCUCCUACGCAGGAUAUCUGAGCACCAUGCUUCGACAGAACCACCCUGAAACAUUCCAUGGAGCAAUUGGCUGGUCCGCUCCAUUGAGAGGAUUUGGAUAUUCGAAAUCCAAUUCCCAUUUGUAUGAUUGGUACCGAGCGGUCUCUAAUAUCUAUCGCGAACACUCUGCCGAAGCAGCGCAGAAAAUAAAACAUGCUAUCAUAUCAUUGCAGGAUAGUAUCAAGAAAAUGAAAAGCAGCAACGAUAUUGAGGCCUUGGCAUCAAGGUAUAACUUGUGUUCAACCCCUCAGAAUGCCUCAGACCUGUCUGCUUUUCUUGAAACUGUCGAAGAUUCUUUCUCUCAGAAUACACAAUUAAGCUGGGGAGCUAAUGCCCCUAUUCUGCCGGGGAGGAAAGGAUUUCCUUUGCAGCGGCUGAUCAACACCACCCUGAGUGCGUCAUCUUACCAGGAGAUAGUCAACGCCAGUUUAAGUCUCCUCUUUGAGGGCAAUCGUUGUGUGGAUUGGACAGACACUAACGGAACCUACGUGAACAACGAAUUGUUACCCUACCAGUAUAUCCUUUGCACCUACGUCCCUAUUGUCAACCCCGGGAUCCCAAAUGGGACUAUCUUCCCAGCCCAUGAAACUCCGAUUGACGAGCUCAUUGCAAGCUGCCAGCAAACGUAUGGGAUAAGUCCUGAAGAUGGGAAGCUUUUGGAAGAGAAACAUCACUACUCGGCUGCGGACCUAAACAAUGCGACUCGUUUGUUCUUGACAUAUGGUGGAAUCGACCCUGUGAUGAGCUAUGGCGCCGUGGAAUUAUUGGGCCGGGUUGCAAAUAUACCGAAUGGCGCAGGGGUUGCUAUUUUGAGUCAAGCUGGCCAUGCGGAAGAUAUGAGUGCUCCAUAUCCGGGGCAAAGGAAAGCGUUCGAGAUAUGCAGAAUCAGGAGCUAG